UGACAGUUGUGACAGCUACAAUGCUGUCAGUCUGCUACGAUUUAUUUUGGCGCGAAGAUUUUUCCUUACUGCUUUGUGUUACAAACAUUUUCAGUGCUUUUUUGUUAGUUUAACUUACUAAAUCGGAUUUAUUUCUAAAAUGUUUUACAUACUGCGUGAAAUAACUUCAGUGGUGAACUUUUAAAUACAUUUUUAUUUGAUUUAAAUUUCACUUAGCCGGGCUCAACAAAAGGGAAGAUAUCUCGCUGCAAUUGUUCUGACAUGGAGUCACCUGGUGUAGCUAAGACCUCUCUGAACAGCUUAAACUCAAGUGAUGAUGAAAGUGCUCCUAUACAAAGAACGAAGAAAAGAAUACAGUUCUCUGACAGUGACACAGAGAAAGAAAACGUAGAAGUAAACAUUCAAGAUGAUAACCUACCCAGUGAGAGUGGGAGUGAAUCAGAAACGACUACUGUUCCUAUUAAAAGUGGUAAAAUCAAAUCUAGGAUUCAGAUGGAUAGUUCGUCUGAUUCUGAUGUAUCAAACAAGCAUGAAAGUAUAAAGAAUGAGGGUCAACAAAUUAGGAUGAAAAAUAAGAGGAACAAGUUGAAAGAUAAGUUUAAAAGUCUGUUAAAUUCCAGAGAGAAGCAUACACUUCAAGAAAAGAGUGAUAAUGACUCAGAAGGCAGUCUUAAUGACGUAUCAGAAAAUUCUGACCAGGAAAUGUCGUCCAUUUCCAAAAUAAAACAGAAAAUUAAAAAGAGUAUGGCAACUGUUUCUUCUAUUUGUGACCCGGAUACUUCAGAUGAAGAAAGUCAAACAAAAGAGAAAUCAAAGCAAAAGCCAAGGAAACAGAAAUCUACAAAAUUAAUUGAACCCAAGCCAGUAAGAAUGUCGGCUAAACAAGCAAUGGAGAACAUGCAGUUAAUUAAAAGUGAAUCAAAUCGCAUGCUCAGGGAGAAGGCAGUGUCAUUACCAUACCACAGGCCUAAAGCACUGUCUCUUAAAGAUAUUAUGUCCAGAAGGAAGCCGGCAGUAACAUCUGAUGGAAAAGCUUUACCUAUUAAAAUGAAUGAAGAGCAGUUAAAGCAUUAUGCAUCUCUAUUAGAACAGAGACAAAAAGAAAUGAUGGAAUUAUGUAAAAGUGAAUCUGACGAAGAAACUGCUGAAACUGAAGAUAAAAAUGAGACUACAGAUCAAGAAAUAGAAAAACCAUCUGAUAACACUGAUGAAACGCCUGGUGAAAAAUGUGACAAUACAACUGUAUCGCCUGUAAAUGCAGAAACCAUCAUUGAAUUGCCUGCUGUCAUGACUGAUGAUGUAGAUACUGAAAAAGUAGCAGAACAAACUAACAACAUUUCUCCUGAAGAAGAUUUAUUACCUAAUGAAAAAGAAAUUGCUGUAAAUAAUGACAAUGAUAAUGAAAACACAACUGAACCAAAUGGUGAACAAGAGAAUUCUGUGAAAGAUGAUUCUAACACAGAUUUUAAAUUAGUUUACAAUGAUUCUAUAGAAGAGGAACAACUUGAAAUGGAUGAUAAAGAUGGUACAGAAAUUACUAACGAAGAGAUGACUGAUCAAGAUGUAGUUAAAAAUAAUGAAGAAAAGGAUAGGAAUGCUGAUCUUCAAACCAAAGGGAAUACUGAAGAAGAGAGUCAAUUGAUAUCUUUGCACUUCACCGAAAACAAUACAGAGCACAUUGAAGAACAUACAAAACAGCCUGAAGCCAGUAAUGUUGUUACUGAGGAAAAUGAUAAUGUUCAGGAAGUUGAAGAAAAUAAUAAAGUGGAAGAUUUCUUUUCUGAUGAUGAUGUUAAUAUGGAAGAUAUUGACAAACUUAUUGAAAAUGCAGAAAUUUUGAGAGAUGAUGACAAUAUUAAUUCUCCCAUGCUUGUAAGAGAUCCUCCCAAUUUUAAUGCGAAGCCUAAACUGACUGGGGCUCCUGGCAUGGUUAUCGACUUGGAUGGUGGUUCUGUUAUGUCUAAAAAGACAGGUGUUGAACUCCUAAAAGAGAGAUUUACAUACUUUGCAAAGUUAAAAACUCCUGAAGAACUUGAAAGGGAGAAGGAAAAGAGGUUAAAACCAGGUGCUCAACAUUUGAAAUUGAAACAAGAGCUUGAAGAACAAAUUGCAGAACAGAGGUCCCUUGAAUGGGCCAAACGUUUAGAAGAGGAGAAACAACAGCAUAUGGAAAUGGACACCAUCUUAGAUGAUGCUGAUGCCGAAGAUAGCAUUGAGAAAAUUGAAGAGAAAUUAGAAAAGACUGAGGCAGAGAAAGAAGGCGAAAGUUCAGAAAGUGAAGAGGAAGAAUUAGAAGAAAAUGACAUUGAAAUUAAAGAUAAACCUAGGAAACAUAACCCAAUGGUUGAUGAGGAAGCUGAGGAAUCAGAUUGUGACGAAGAAGAUGAAGGUAUAGCCAAAGAUGAUGAAGUUGAUGACGAGGGUGCGGAACAAGAGGAUGAUGGAGAUGAGGAAUCCAGUGAAGAAGAAUCCUCAGAAUCUGAAGAAGAAGAAGAAACAACUAAACCUAGGAAAGGAAGGAUAUUAAAGGCAUUUGAGGAUUCCGAUGAUGAAGACUUGGAAGUAAAAGUAAAAGAAACAGGAGAACUGGUUGCUGACAGUGAUAAAGUUGCGGAAGCUAAAACGAAUGAUUGUGAUGCAGCUGUAGAAACAAAGGAUGCUGAUAUGAGUGAAACUCCAAUUGAAGCUGCAAGUUCAUCACAAGAUGACGUCAUUCAACUAGCACAGAGACAUCAGUCUGUAUCAGAUGAUCUUUUCACAAGUCAAGAGAGCUCAGUUAUUGACCAGGCGAAGGACAGGAACAGUGCAAGUGAUGAUGUUCUAUGCACCCAGACUUUUUCCAUCUUAGAGACUACAACAACUGUAUUACAAUCACCUAGUAAAUUAAAUAUGGGUGUGGAACUACAAUCUCCUAGCAAAUUGAAUAUUUUGUGUCUGUCGCAGCCUUAUCAUGAUCCAAGUAUUGAUGGUAUAGUUGAAGGCUCACAGCUCCCAAUAACCCAAUCAUCACAAUCACAAGCUCUUGGCGAAGAUAUAUUAGCACUCUGUACGGGCAAGUUCUAUGACAAUGAAUUUGUAACACAAGCUGAGGAAAAUCAAUAUGUGGAUGAGUUCACACAACAACUAUCUGAAGAUAAAAUGGACGAUGCUCAACUUGAUAAAACUGUAAAUGAAGUAGUAAAUAAAGAUGACAAUGAAAUAGGAAUUGAAAAAGAAUUCCCUAUUAAAGACACAGUGAAUAAAUUAAAAGAAGGUUCCAGUAAACCAAAUGAACCUGAUGGUAACCUCAAGUCCAUUCUUGAUGAGCUACACGACCCUGACUUUGACAAACCGAAAGAAAACAAAUUCUUCACUGGAGGUACACAGAAGAAAGAUAGUGAGAAAGUUCUAGAAAGCACUCAAAUGAAAAAGAGGUUUGUAAUAGAUUCUGACGAUGAUGAAGCUAAUGUAGACAGUGAACAAGUAAAGAAAAAGAAAUUAAAAAAGAAACGGCCAGAAAAGAGGGCACUACAAAUCUCAGAUGACGAAGAAGAAGAUGACGAGAAUCAAAUGGAAGAUGAAUAUGUAUCAGACUUAGAAGAAGAUAAUGAGAGAUUAGUGGAGUAUGAUUCUGAAGAAAAUGAGAUAGAAGUGAAACUAGACAAACCGAAAAAGAAACGUAAAGUGACGGAUUUCUUCGAGCAAGAGGCUGAACUGACGAGUGAGGAUGAGUGGGUGGGGUCUGGCGAUGAGGAUGAGAAAGGCCUGGACAGAAUGGAGAGAGAGGAAGGAGAUGACGAGGUCUUCCACCAGGGAAAACUUCGGAAAGAACUGGGACAGAUACACAUGCGUGACGUGCUAGACCAAGAUAAGAGAGAAGUGAGAUUGAUACAGGAGUUGUUGUUCGAAGACGGUGAUUUAGGCGACGGUCAUCGACAGCGCAAGUUCAGGUGGAGGAAUGCAGGUGAUGAUGGUGAGGCUGGCACAGUACCCGAUGAAUUUGCUGACACGCAAGAAGAAGAGUUCGAAUCGGAGGAGCAAUGGAGGAAACAGAGGCAUGAACGUGAAGUAUUUCUGAGGCAAAUGCAACAACAAGAAGAGGAAAGCUCCCUCAACGUCAGUGUGAAUAGAACAACAAUUAUUAAAGCCAAUCUUUUGUCGAAAUCAAUGUCUACUCUCCUUCAAGAAGUGAAUCAAACGAAAACUGAAUCUACCGAAAUCUCCGUCGUUCAAGAAAAGAAGACUGCUAAAGAUAUACCUAGCCCAAAGAAGUCGUAUUCAAUCUUCCAGCAAAAUUACCACGGAUCAUUACUGACACGUGGCCAAGGAGCUCUCGCGCGAUUGGCAGCGCUGGCAAUACCUUUAGCUACUGAUGACGACUCGCCAAAAAUAGGAUCACUGGCAACACAUAAGCGGAACUUUGUCUUUACUUCCAUUACACCAGACGAAGAUGAUGUACCAAAGGUGACAAUAAAAAGAAAAGCUGACGCGCCCCAAGGCACUCCGAAGUUGAUGAAGAAAAUGAAAAUUGAAGAGAAAACUGUUCAUACCAAGAGUAGUCUAUUAGAUCAUUUAAAGCUAUAGACUGAUGUUAAUAACCAGAUCGAACUAAAUUUGCCUGAAAUUCAAUAGAACUGUGGUCAAAUAUCUUGCAAAGAGAUCGGUUAAAUUAACUAUAAUCGUAAAUCUGUACAUUUAAAUUGUCUAUUAGGAAUAUUUUACUCUGGAUUGUUCGAAUAAUUAUGACAUAUUUCUAGUUUUUUGGGCUCGAAAUGUAUCAUAAUUUUUAUCUUAUUUUAUUUAACAACUGUGUUCAAGACUGAAGGUGCUUUUGUGAAUCGCGGUCAUUUUAUUACCCGUAAAACAAUGUAAAAAGGUGCCUAAUUUAUAGAAUUUUAUUUAAGAAGAGUGACUGUAAAGUAAUUAAUAAAUAUGACAUACUAGUAUAUUAAGUCUAAAAUAGUAAAUAAAGUUUAUAAAUUUUAAUUUAA